GCGCCCGGGCCCAAGGAGCCGCGGGGCCGCGCCCGGGUCACCGCCUACGACUUCCUGACAGUGACCGAGGGCACGUGCCAGACCUACCGCUACGGGCCGUGCAGCACUGGCGCCCUCAGCAUUGACGCCUCCCUCACGCGGCUCUUCGAGUGCAUGACGCUGGCCUACAGUGGGAAGAUCGUGUCCCCCAAAUGGAAAACGUUCAAGGGCUUGAAGCUGCUGCAGCGUGACAAGAUCCGCCUCAACAAUGCCAUCUGGCGGGCCUGGUAUCUGCAAUAUGUGGAGAAGAGGAAGAACCCGGUGUGCAACUUUGUGACACCACUGGAGUACAGUGAUGGGGAUGACCACCGCAAGCCAGAGGCUGUGAUCAUGGAGGGGAAAUACUGGAAGCGGCACAUCGAAGCUGUUGUUCGGGAGUAUCACAAGUGGAGGGCCUACUUCCGCACGCAGGUCCAGAAUAAGAAAGAUAAACCUGUGUCUUUACCCACUCAGCGCACAGUUGAUGCCUUCCAAAAGGAGCUGGGCAUUGAGGCUGAGGAUGACUUCCCCAUGGAGCUGGACCCCUUGCAUGAUCUGGACAUCCAUAUCUCUAACCUAGCUGAUACCAUCUUCUACACUCGCAACCCCUACGGUGGGCCCAACCCUCGUGGGCUUGCUCACCAAGGGAAUGCAGACAUGAUCCAGCCCACACUGACCCAGCUGCACCCCAACCUUGGGGAGGAUUUCAUGGACACCUUGGAUCACAUUCAUGAUUUUUUGGCUGCCUGUCGCCCCCAAGCUGCCCUCCAGGCCCCCACACCACUGCCAGAUGUUUCCCCCCUGGUAUCCAUCUCGAGCACCUGUGACACAGAUGUGACCCCCAGUACCACCAGUCCCAAGGAGAUGCACCUGGCUGAGGACUCUGUCACCUUUCCCCUGGAGCUGGAGCCUCCUCUUCCCAUCAAUGGGCAGCAGAUCUUCCUGCCCCUCUUCCCCACCUCCCCAGUGCGGGUCAGCCCACCUCCACCUGCUCCCCCCGCCCUGCACCUACAGAACCACCCUGCCCUCGUCUUCUCUGUCAUCACCCACACGACUGCUGAGAAAGCUGCUUCCACCCCUGGUGCGGAAACCCUGGGGGGCACCUUUGCUGUGCCCAUGUCUGGCCCCCUGCCAAAGGGAGGGCGACGCCGGCAGCUGCAGCGCAUCGCCCCUGCACCUACCUCCAGCUGCCCUCCAGCACCCUCCAGCUCCUUUCUCACCCAACUGCUCAGACAAGGCCCCGCAUCUCCAGCCAGAAAUUCUCCCCAGAUCUCCGGCAUCCCGGAGGGCCCUGCAGGCAUUCUGCUGACAGAGAAAUCCUCCCACCCUCACUCCAGCACUGCCCCCUCUGGCACCGAUCCAAAGGCUGAGGAUGGAGCUGAGCGCAGAAGGUCCUGCUCCCCCCGCCAGACCUGCAGUCUCCCUGGCACCAAGGGCAGCCAAAGACCCACCCUGACAUCGUCUGACCACACCCGGCGCAUGAACAUCAGCUCCAGCUUUGACGCCCUUGCCAGCCUGGUGCUUCAAGGCUCUGCCCAGCCCAGCUUCAAGGUCUCACACUGUGUGCUCCCCCAGCUCAGCAAGGCCAUGCUGUUGCAGAGGAGUGCGGCCUAUGUGGGGCGGCUGCAGCAGGAGCGUCAACAGGUCCAGGAGACAGCCCAGCGCCUGCGGGGCGAGAUUGAGGAGCUGAGCGCUGCCAUUGGAGAGUACCAGCGGCAGCUGCCCCCCAGUGGGGCCCCAUUGGUGGCACUCUCAAGUUCAGACCGUGCUGUGGAGCUCUACGAUGACUAUGUGCGCCGGCGUACCCUGCAGGAUUGGCGCUUCUGGCUCUUCAGCGUGAUCAUCAGGCCGCUUUUUGAGAGUUACAGCAAGGCGGUGAGCACCAGCAGCACUGAGGAGUUCUACCAGUCAGUGCUGGGCUGGCUGGAGCAGCGCUGUGCCCUGCCUAUGCUGCGUCCUGCCAUCUCCAGCUCCCUCCUGCAGCUCAGCAAGAUGACGUCCAUCUUGACGCAGCCCUCCCGGCUCCCUGAGCAGGCCCUGCAAGCUGUCAGCUGCCCCAGCCAUGGCAAGGGCCAUGCCUAACCUGGCCCCUUUCUUGCUGUCAGGACCCCUGUCCACAGAGAAGAGCCCAUGCCUCAGCUGUGUCCCAGGGACGCUGCCCAGAGACUCCUCUCCCCAAUACAGACAUCAGAUAUAUUGGGCAAAAUGGAAGCCAGGGUAGAGGCCUGAAGUGGCAAAUGGAUGGAUCCGCAGCUAAGGGAAUCUAGGACACAGGCUCAGGGCUCAGAUCCCCUGUAGCCCCCACAGAAGGGGGAUCUCAGGGCCUCAGGGAUCCAGGCAGGGUCAUCAAUAGCCCCUUUCCCCCAACACAGGGAUCUGGGGAAACUACAGUCCCCUUUACACUGUCCAUGAAACACCCAGGCAACAAUGACUGGGACCUUCAUUAAAGCCCCCCUGGGCCUGGACUCCAGCAGGUACUCAGUCUUCUUGUUGGGUGGAGGAGCAGACUGGGGAAGAUGGAUGUGCACUCGCUGCCCUGCUUGCCUGCUGUAGGGCGCUGCACCACUUUUCCCACAGGCUGAGGCCCAAGGCAGUGCCCAGCAGUUGGGCUCUUAUUUUUGCCGAGUUUUUCCUCAGCCAUGGGUGACCCUGCUCCCUCCUUCAGCGUCUGGGCCCUUGGUCAAGAGUGGCAGUUACCUCUGAAAGAGGAAGCGCACUCCACCCCACCUCACCACAGCCUUGGAAAGGGGACCCCGACUGGGGGUACUCCCUGCCUGACAGGGACAGCCUGACAGGGACAGCCCAUCCCAUUGCCAGGAAGCCGUUGCUUGUUGCAUUUCCCUUAAUGUCCCCCGGGCCCUCUCCCCACCUUUCCCUGACACUAUUGCUCUGGGGAUGUUGGCUGCCUGCUUCCUGCCAGGACCUCCCCUCCCUCCCCCACUGCCAGAUUGCAGGAGUGGGGCAGUCUUGGGGUGGCUAUGGCAGGGGGAGCCCCCCAGGGCCAUAGCAUCUUCAGGACUUAGAGGGGGCUGAAGGAUGGUGGGGCAUAUGGACAUUCAGGGCAAAGAUCCUGGCAUGGUCCCCCAGGGAAGGUGCUUCUCCCACAAACCCCUAAAAGCAAGCCGGACACUAAGGGCCAGAAAGAAGAGCUGCAACCAGAGGACAUGGACUGCUGCUGUGCACAGGCAGCUCAGCCAGCACCCCUAGGCAGGGGGUGGAAAGUAGGGUAGGUGCAUGCUCCAUACCACACUAGCUCCAGUCAGGAUCUGCCUUCUGCAUGAGACCAGCCCUGGUAGUGGUGGCAGCAAUUGGGCAGUGCUGCAGCUGUGGAUUGGUAAGGGCAGCUCUGCUCCAAUGGGUCUAGGGCGCACUGGAAGAGAAGUCGAGCUACUCAGCAGGUUCAGUGCUGGAGCAGGGGCAUUGCCACCUCCUGAGUGUUUGGAACUUGGUUCUUUUAGACCAGUAUUUCUCAGUCUGUAGAUCACAAGCAUGAAAGGGUCGUGAACAGGAUCAAACUUUAAAAAUGGAAUCUCCUUUAAAGGAGAAAAACCAUGGGAAACUGGCUUUUCCCUUGCAGGCUGGUAGAGUUCCAAGGGGCUGCUUGGGCCCCCCCCAUGUCCCACGCCCCCACCACACACUGGGGGGCUGAGGGCAGCAGGUCAGGAGCGAGGGGCAAGGAGUCAGGAGUGGCCAAUGAUGUUUACAAAUGGGUCCUGGUGCAAAAGAAGUUGAGAACCACUGCUGUAGUCUAGACCUUGGGCCCCACUUGCCUGGCCAUGGUUCCAGCCUUCCUGCAGUGGCCACACAGGGCACCAGGGGGCACCUGCGUCCCACUGUGGCAGGGGCUGCCACAACAGCCCACUUCCCCUGCCCCCACCAGGCUGUGUUUCUGGGCCCCAGCCACCAGCUGGGCAGCACAAGGUGCUUACCAACAUGAUAACCUCCAGGUUUCAGGGGUCCAGGGGAGGCGAGCCCUCACCUCCACGGCCUGCCCUCCACCCAGACCAUAUCAGCACUUGCACUUGGCUAGCUCUAACUGUGCAGCUUCUGCCCAGGGGGCCUGAUGCAUGUCCUCCCAGGCAGCUGGCACAGUCCCAAGAGACCCGUUCCCUGUACCACACAGCUAGAAGGCAGGAGGCCAGUGGCUCUCACACAAGCGUUUAAUCCAAAACACACAUGCCAAGGGCUGUUGGGAAAGUGGGCAGCACCAAACACAGCAGGGUGCUGGACUGCUGAAAGCAAGGCUGCACUAGGCACCCCUGCAGUGUCACUGGACACACCAUGCCCUUGGCAAAGCCCCCUCCCGCUCCUCCCCCAAAGCACUGGGGAUGAGAAUCCUCUGCCUAAUGCUGGAGCGAAGCCGCUUUCCACUCAGGAUCCAAAGCACUCGCUGUGGGGGCUGGGCACCAGCGCAGGGUCCCCCUUCCACUUCAUAUCAUGAGCUGUUCAGGCCCCUCGCACUUCCC